AUGUUGCAGACAUUGUCGGACCUCCCGAUCAUCUAUUGCCUUCAAUCCUUGCGUCACAGUCGUGGGGCAACACACCACGAUGCUUCAUCAGCGAAUGUUGCGAGACCUACUAGCCCAGAAACCAAGAACGCUUCAGCCAGCCAUGACUGGGAGGCCCACAGUGCCAACCCAAAGAACUGGCCGUUGUCGCGCAAGGUGUUCACCGCCAGCGUGAUCUACGCCUAUACCUUCGUGGUCUAUGCGGGAUCCGCGAUGUACAUGUCGGCUGUGCCGGUGCUGGUCAAGCAGUUUGGCAUGAGCGAACAGCGGGCUUUGCUCGGGCUAUCCGCCUAUGUUCUGGGCUACGGCGCCGGCCCUCUCCUGUGGGGUCCGAUGAGCGAGAUCCCCUCCGUCGGUCGCUCCGUGGUAUACUUCAGCAGCUUCGUGGUCUUCAUCGCCAUCACGGCGGGUGCCGCCAGCGUGGACAAUUUCGGCGCGUUCGUCUUCCUCCGGUCGAUCCAGGGCUUCUUCGGCAGCCCGUGCCUGGCCAACGGGGCCGCCAGCAUGCACGACAUGUUCAACGAGACCCAAUACCCCUACGCGUUGGGGUUCUGGACGGCGGCGGCGUACUGCGGGCCGGCGCUGGGCCCGUUGCUGACCGACCACCUCGUGUACCAGCUCUCGUGGCACUGGUCCAUCUGGCUGAUCGCGUGCAUGUCCGCGCCGGUGGGGGUGUUGCUGUUCGUGCUGCCGGAGACGUACGCUCCCACCGUCCGGCUCCGGCGGGGGAUUGCCCAUACCGACGCGACCAUCAGCGCCUGGGCCCGCCUCAAAUUCUACCUCGUCAAGCCGGUGCAGAUCACCCUGCAGGACCCCGCGGUGCUCUUUGCCAACCUGUACACCUCCUUCAUCUACUCGAGCUACUACAUCUUCUUCGAUUCGUUUCCCGUGGCGUACCUAGAGGGGUACCAGGUCUCAACAGGGACGUUGGCCUUGUUCUAUCUGAGCGUGCUGGUGGGAUGCGUCCUCGCCGCGGCGGUGUACUUUCUGAUCCUGGUGCCGUACAUCUUCUCCCCCCGGCCGCCUGCAACCGACCAUGGAACCAAACCCGGCCCUUCCAGUGAACCCCCCAACAUCAACAACAGCAACAACAGCAAAAACAACAACAACACCGCCCCACCCCCGGAACGCAACCUCCUCCCCGCCCUCCCAGCCACCAUCUUCCUCCCCGUCGGCCUCUUCCUGUUCGGCUGGACCGCCCGCCCCGGCGAAAUCCACUGGUUCCCCAGCCUGAUCGGCGUGGUCCUCUACACCGGCGGCGUCUUCGUCAUCUUCCAGUGUCUGUUCCUGUACCUGCCGAAGAUGUACCCGCGGUACGCGGCGAGUCUCUUCGCGGCGAACGACUUCUGUCGGUCGGCGUUGGCGGCGGGGUCUAUCCAUUACGGGGUGCCCUUGUAUCGGAAUCUGGGGGUGGGGAGGGGGUCGAGUGUUUUGGGGGGUGUGUCGGUGUUGGGGGUGGUGGGGAUGGCGGGGAUUGUGGUGUUUGGGAGGCGGUUGAGGGAGGGGAAGGGACGGUUUCGGAAUCCGGAGAUUCUUUAG